AUGAAUUGUUGUUCUUUUCUAUUCAAAAUCAAUGUAGACCACAUGUGUAUUGCUGCGGGAGGAGCAUUGCNGCAUUGCAUAUAUCCGGUUUCUGAAAAUCCCCCACUCGAUGACACUGUACCGUUCGCGAAAGAAUCGUUCUGGAUUACAGAAAACUCAUUGGCAUUUGUCCAAGAAGAUCUCAGUGAUGAUACCGAAGAUAAAGGUGUGAAUUUUCCACUGUUGUUGCUCGGUUCACAAAUUGGAUUCAAUUUGGCAUACGCCUCGGAGGAACAACGCACGAGGCCAACAACAAAUACACUAAAUCUGCCCCAAAUUAUGCUUGUUCAUUUAGAAAGUGAUGAGAAAUCGUCAGAUGUGAUGGACUCCGAGGUAGUUGAAACGAAGUCGGAAAAAUUGUCUCCAAUCUCAACAGAGGAGCAACCACAACCGCAGCAGCGAAGCAAGUCUCCGGAGAAUGAUCUGCAACCAGAUCAAGCCGGGGAACAAUCGGUACAACAAAUCAGUCCACCGCCAACACCGAUUGAUGACCCUUGGGUUGAAUAUGUGAAACCGACUUCAGUGGAACAACGACUGGAAUUGUCAACCAACGCGGACCCAUUCUGUAUCUACAUUGACCAGUUGCGAUUUAUGCCGGACAACUGCACAGUCUUCAAGGUGAGAGUUUAUAUCGAGGGUAAGGUUAGUCGACUGAAGUCAUUUAGUGUGGAACUUACCCCACCUGGUUGGGUUUAA